AUGGCCGCUGCCAUCAUCCUUCAGAGCUUGCACAAGUCGAAUCAGCCGGAUCUAUAUUCUGCGCCAGUACAAGAGAAGAGCGGGCUCGAGCUCCCGGUAGAUGGUCUUCUGCGGUUCGGGUUUCUCGAUAGGAAGCGAGUGUCAUCGACGAUCACCUGGCACAAGGUGAAGGCGGUGCUGACAGCGGACACGCUCUUUUUCGCAAAGCAGGACUCGAAGAUCGUAUCUGAUGAGAUCCCUCUGCACGAGAUCGCUGAUAUCCUGACGGAGUCGACGCUGGAGAAGGGGGACGACACGGUGAAAAAAGCGCUCAUCAUCCAGACCACCAAGGAUGGUCACAACAGCGGAAGAACCUACGUUUGCCGUCCAGAUCCAGAAGAAUUUGACAUGUGGCUCAACGAUCUUCAGAAGCAGUGUCAGGCUGCAAAGAUCGUACAAGAGAAAGCAAGAAGAGAAAUCGAGUACGCCGGCAGCCAGCUGUCUCGUUUCAGAGCAAAAGUCUUGAGGCUCUAUGAGUCCAUGCAUAGCCAGACCUUCUUUGCCACAGUUCUCAUUGCCUGCUUUGCAAUUGACGUGUGGGAGGCGCAAGUGCUGCCUGCCGAUGGCACGAGUGCUGCUGCGAUGUUCGACUUGUUGGACAUUGUCUUCACCAGCAUUUUCACUUUCGAGCUUGCCGUCAACUUGUUUUCACGGUCAGCCCACUUCUUCAAAGCUUUCUACCAGGAUGCAUGGAACAUUCUAGAUCUUGUGAUUGUGACAGUCUCUCUGACCGUCGUGUUCGCCCCUGGACUUCCCUCACUGCAACCUCUUCGACUCAUACGAGUCUUCCGCGUGGCUCGCUUGUUUCGCAAGUUUCGUUCCUUGAACCGCAUCAUCACAGCGCUGAUCUCUGCGCUGAUUCCUGUUGCAAACAGCAUGGCCAUCCUGCUCCUCGUGACUUCCAUCUGGUCUGCUCUUGGCACUCACCUCUUCCACGAAAGGAGCCCUGAGUACUUCGGCAACUUUACCUCCUCUCUCUUCACGAUGAUUCAAGUGAUGACAGGGGACAGCUGGGCUUCUGCAGUCUCGCGUUCGCUGCUUGAUGAUGGGACUGUUACAACGAGCCGAGAUAUGUGGGUGGCGACUUUCUUUGUUUCCUACGCUCUGCUGGCUGGCGUCUUCUUGAUCAACGUGGUGGUGGCGGUUCUGCUGGAUGAGUUCAUCUCCUCGCUCCAAGCAGGAAAAGAAGCCAUCCAGACGGAAAAGGCGGAGGAGGAGGACAGGAAGAAGAAGGCAAGGAGGGCGUGCGGAGUUUUAGAUCCGCUCACAGCUCACUUGUCUCACUUCGUGUCGGAGAAGGACCUGACGUCGAGGAUCAGCGAGACGUACGAGCGACUUGACUCGGACGGGUCGGGAGGCCUCAACUACGAGGAGUUUCAGAAAGGGCUCAAGAAGCUGCCGACAUCUUCGCCGAUUCACAUCCUCGAGGAAGACUUCGAGGUCCUGACGGAGAAUGGCAGGCUGUGCAACACGCAGAAGGAGUUUGGCAGCGAUCAGUUCCAAGAGAUCAUGCGAGAGGAACUGAAGCGAUACUCCCAGAGAGUGCUGGCCAACGCGAUGCAUGAGACUCAGAGCUACGAGACGCUGGCGAUUAUGCUGACGCUGAAGCGACUGGAGCUCAUUGCUGAGAACAGCGCAAGAAUCAUCAACUCCUGGGGCUUCUCGUCGAAAGGAACUGCCAUGCUCUCAGAAGUGUUCUAUGCCCAAGACGUGAACCGAGACGGAGUGCUGGACCUCGACGAAGCGAGGAUUGCGCUCUCGGAAUUGGGAAUCCCUGAAUUCAAGAUGAACUACGUGCUCGACAAGAUGGACGUGGACGGGGACGGGAAGAUCUCUCGGGAAGAGUUCAUGCGGGUCGGCGAGCACAUGGAGGACACGCAGACUCGCCUGGACCGUCUCGAGCACUCAGUGAACGACAUCAAGACGAUGAUCUGCCGGCUCUCUUCGCUCGAGAGACCAGCUGGAGGCUCAGACGAGUCGACAAGUGAAGGUCAGAAGCAAGGGGGCAGCAACGGCAAGGUGCAGAGAGUCAAGCGCGUCCCAUCGAUGAAAUACCUGAGAGGCGACGACCCCAACCAAGUGCUCGACUACUUGCUGGGAGGGAUGAACGGGUCGAUGCAGGCAUCGAAGAGCCGCCCCAAGGACAAGAAGGAGCAUGCAGGAGACGGGAGAGAUGAGAGGGAGCGAGUCACAGUGUCAAUGGCCGAUGGGUCAAGUCGGUAUCAUCAUGUUGGUAAGUACGGGGCCGUUGCUCCACCGGCGACCCGAGCUGUCAUGCCAGGUUUGGUGCUGGUGGAUGCCCUGAAGCGAGCGAACAGCUUCGACGAGUUCCUGACGCAAGAGGUGGACAUGAAGGUGAAUGGCAGCCAAAGGAGAGCGACGGUUGGUAGGGUGAACGGAGGAAGCGAGACCAGCAGAGUCUCCAGCAAGAAUGCGUUCCAUGCCAGAAGGUUCUCGGCAUCUGCUGUGGAUCUAGGAGCCAACGGGAGCCUCCGAGUCAUCGAUAGAAAUAUCAACAGAGCUCAUGCAUGA